GUGAGGGGCGUGGGCGGCGCUCCAACACUGCCAAUAAGGGGCGUGGUGGGAGUGACAGGCCCGCCCACGUUACCGGUGAGAGACCAGAAGGCGUGGGGGCGCGCCCACAGUAUCCUUCAUAAACAUGGAAGGUGUGACGGGCCCAAAUGCUGUUCCAGUUAGGAGCGUGAGGGGUGGCCGGCGCGCCCACACGCCUGCCCUGCCUGGCCAGCCACGCCCACCCGAGUGACGCCCCCGUUCUGGUGCUGUGGUAUAAGGACGACGCCAGGUUUCCCUUCUACACGCUGGACUUACGAGAGGGCGGUGACCAGAAGGAGUAUGUUAACCCAGGCGUGGAAGGUCGGGUCAGGUCAGAUGUCACGGGCUCCCACCUGACCUUUGACCCCCUGGAAGGUCACGACUCAGGCAGGUAUAGGUGCCGGGUCGACUUCGAGGUGUCACCGACCUUGUUCGCCCUGGUCAACCUCACAGUGUACGUUGUACCGUCACGCCUGGUGGUACUGGACCAGAACAACAGACCUGUACCGGGAGGCUUACUGGGUCCACUGAACGAGGGAGAACCACUCACUCUCUUCUGUGUCGCCACGGGAGGUCGCCCAGCUCCUCGGGUCACAUGGUGGAGGGGGACGACCUUACUAGCCAACAACAGCCAUAUCCUGGGUCACGACGGGUCACUCAGCCGCCCCGCCACCCACGUCCCUAGUGUAACCUCGGGUAUGGGCGUGGGCGUGGGCGUGAGUAUGCCACAAAGUGAGGACAGAGGUGAGCAUCCGGGGCUGAAUAGAAAGUUCGUCCACGCUAACCUCACCUGUCGCGCCACCAACAACAACAUUACCAGGCCGCUGUCCACCACCCUCGCCCUCAUCCUCUACCUACGGCCAACCUCAGUCAAGAUCCGGACACCAGAGUCAUCGUUGGUGGCGGGACAGCAGACGAGGCUAGAGUGUGUGGCCGAGGGCGCCUACCCUGCCGCCACCAUCACCUGGACCCUCACGCCCACACACGGCGGCCCCCCUACCACACUACCCUCCUCCUGGCGUCACCUGGGAGAGAAGACCUCCUCGUUUGUCCGCAUUGUACCUGACGCAGAGGACCACAAGGCGACACUCACCUGCAGCGCUCACAACCCCAACAUCUCUGACCCUGGACUCACUACCUCCAUCACCAUACAUGUCCUCUUCGCGCCGCGGGUGAGGUUGGAGCUGGGAGCCAACCUGGGGUCACAACCUAUCACCGAGGGCAAGGAUGUCUACUUCGAGUGUGAGGUCUCCGCCAACCCAGUCGCCAGGGACAUCGUGUGGCUGAAGGACGGCGAGCGCGUCAACAACCAGAGGAAGGCCGGGGUGUUGAUAUCCGGUAACAACCUUGUGCUACAGAUGGUACGGAGAACUUCAGCUGGUAACUACACCUGCUCAGCCAGCAACAGCCAAGGCUCCACCACCAGCAACACCGUCCAGCUCAGCAUAAGGUACCUGCCCGUGUGUGAGGAGGGGCCGCAGACGGUGGCUGUGGCGGAGGGGGAGAACACUCGCCUCUCUUGCCGUGUGGACGCCCAGCCUGACGACGAUCUCUCCUUCACCUGGGUCUUCAACAACACCCUGGAUACGGUGGAGGUAGAGCAAGAGACCUUCACCGUCCUCCCAGGCCUCAGCAUACUCGAUUAUACCCCCAGGUCACCGCGGGACUACGGAACGCUCUCCUGCUGGGCGACCAACGAUGUGGGCACCCAGGCCGACCCCUGCAAGUUCACCGUCGUCGAGGCCGGUCCCCCCGAGCGUGUGGGCAACUGUGUGCUGGUGAACCUGACGGUGGGGAGCCUGGAGGUGGGGUGCACGCCAGGGAACGACGGAGGGCUGCCACAAAGGUUCGUGGCGCGGGUGUACGCCGCCCCCACCCACGCCCUUCUGGCCACCCUAGAGGAGGACACCCCUAGGUUUCAUGUGGGGGGGUUGACCCCCGGGCAGGACUACCUCAUCACCAUCACUGCCGUCAACGCUAAGGGCACCAGCCCGCCAGAGGAGAUAGAUGCCGUCCGUUUGAAGGUGGCAGAGAAGCGUAUGGGAGACGUCAGCCCGCCGCCCGUGUCGCCGCUGGUGGGCGUGUUCCUGGGGCUGGUGGGCGGCUUUGUCCUCCUCCUGCUGGCGGGCGUGGUGUUAACCCGCGCCAGGUCCAACAGGUGUCGCUGCUGGGGUCACAGGGCAGGGGAAGGGGGCGUGGUGACCUCUGGUAGCAGUUCCUCCCCACCCACCACCACGCCCUCGUCAGCCCAUACCCUUACGCACACCCACACCCACGCCCUCCACCACGACGAGGGGGAGAGAACCGCGCCCGAUGUGCUCAGGACGAUCAAUGAAACAGCUGAGCUCUUGGACACGCAAAUAUGUCCGGAAAUCAUACCAGCGCGUGUCCCACCGCCGCCCUACUCCCGCUCUCAGACAGUACUGAGGGAGUCGUUGAAGGUGUCACCCCUAUCUGCUGCUGCCGCCGCUGCUGCUGCUGGUGGUAGCGGCGGCGGGGCAGGACGCGCCCUUUACCGGGACACAGGCAGUCCCCUCCACCUCCUCCACGACGAGAGCUUCGUGUAGGCGUGGCCCCCCGCCCUCACGCCCACCACCACGCCCACCUCCACGCCACCAGUGUUUUAUCCAGCCUGAAGAUGACCUGAGGCGCUGAGGGUGGACGAGGUGGAGUCUGUGGCGCGGGAUAAGCGUGUGCGCGCCUGUACAGGACGUCGUCAGUAAAGGAGGACCUCAACGUGGGUCAGGUGUUGAUCUUCCUCGAGGGGCUGUACCUGGCCCUUAUCACCACCCACACGACACCCACGCCCCCCACCAGUGUCCCAGAGAAUAUUUUUUUUCAGAAACCCGACCCAAGAUGAAGCGCAAAACCACAUAUAAUGACAAGGAGAACUCUAGCAAGAAACACCUAAUUUCAUACCACAUCACAGUAUAUACAAAUAUCUUUAUAUAUACUGUAUAUUCAAUGGAAACUUUAGAAGAAAAAUGUUAUAAGUUAUUGUGUACAAGAUAAGGAUUAAGUCCCAGGAUGUCACUGUAAACAAACUUAUUGGCUGUUUAUUGGAAGUGGAUAUGCAGGCGAGACAGACGGAGACUUGUACAGGCUGUAGGAUAUGUAAACAAGAUCAUCCAGAGCCAUCCUGCAUAUGAUAAAUUCAGAUGUAAGAAGUUAACUAUGAACUGUGUCUUCAAGUGUCUGUUUAUAUUGUACAGCGUUACCAAGAAUGUAAACAGUGUCAUACUAAGUCACUCCAGAGGUAUAAAUAAGGUCAUCUUAGGUCAGCGACUCAAAGACUAUGUUGUAGACCCGACAGAGCUGUGAUAUGGCGCCGUCCAUGCUAGGAGUCGUCCUACAUAUGACUGAUAAUUUUGUUAAUGAGCCUUACCUGGCCACUCACCGGGUGUUGACGUGAGUGUAGGCUCAGCUCACCUCACGACACAGAGACCACAUUCAUGCUCGUGUUGCUAAUGCCUUAAAUUUCUUGAGGAAGAAAUUAACCGCAUACUGUACUGUACAUUCAUAUGUUACAGAACAUUGUUUUAGUAUUAUAAUUGCUGAAAAGAGCUUGAAUUGUGACUAUUUUGCCCCAGGACUAUUUCAACCAAGCCAUUCUAGUACCUCUCAACGAUAGUACGUCACUGUCGUAAUUCAUUAUAAAACUACCAACAGGAAGUCUCUAACGGAAGAAUACUGUCCAUAUAAUUUAAAGUUUGGUAGUGGAUAUUUGAUGCCAUGAAAAUCUUAUAGAACUGUAAAAUUGUGUGAGAGUCAGCGGCCAGAUUUUCAUAAGAAAGACCACACAACCUUAUGAUUUUUCAUGACACGAACCAAACAAAUUUAACCUAUUUUAACCUGAACUACCCCAGGAUCAGUAGGUUAGCUUCAUACCAUCUAUUUAACAACUGGUCUAGCUCAUCUGUUUCUGGUAUUUUUCCAACAUUGGCUGUCCUGCUCACAAGAGAGGGAGGAGCAAAACGAACAUGUCAUCACAAGUGUCUCUGAGUCGAAUGAUACAUACUGUAGAAACUUAUGGAGAAUAUUGAUCAUGUAAGUAGCUGGAAGGAGUCACAGAUAAUCUACCCUUGUCCCUCAGCUGUAGGGAAAGACUUACAUACCAAAUCAUGUCUUCGAAAACUUAAUGAAACUAUGAACCUAAUUUAUGGUAUGUACAACUUAUUCUUUGUACGAGAUUCAAACUGUAUAAAUAAAAAUAUUAUAAAGUGAACACAUAUAUGACUGUAAAUAGUUACAUGUGCCAGAUGAAAUGGUCUUAAUGUUUUUGUUUUUCUUUGUACAUAAGUGACUUGUCAUAUGUGUCAGUAUGGUGACUGUCAUAUGGUGAGGUGAGGUCAGGUGUGGUGGUUGAGGCACAGUAGGGGGUGGUGUGUAUAUAUUGCUUGAUGUUACACCUGACUUUUGUAUCCCUGAAGAUGUAAUGAAAUACAGACCAAAACUCUUGAAGUGCCUUGUCCAUUUCCCUCUUAAUAUCCAGCAUAAUGUUGUUAUUUUCCCCUGUGGUGUUAUUUUACCCUUCAGUGUCCGGCAACAAUGGAGUGUAUAAAUUUAAGAAUG